UAUAAAAUUCACUCAUAAAGCAGAUAACGACGCGUGCGACGAGUAGGAGGGGAGCUCGCCUGCUGAUGCCUCAUUCAACUACAAUCGACCUCGAGUCGAGUCGACGCGUGCGAGUCGACUUGCUGUUGUAAGUUUGUUGUAAGUCAGCGAAAUAUAUCGUAUUUGCGACGCAUCUAAUUACGCCCGAAUAAUGUCCGAAAUAAAGCGUUUCACGCGCGUGGAGAUUCAAAACAGAAACUCGAAGCAGGAUGCUGUGUUUAUCAUAAACAAUGAAGUGUACAAUGUCACAUCGUUUUUAGACGAUCAUCCCGGUGGACACGAGGUGCUACUGAACGUCGCUGGUAAGGACGCCAGCGAAGACUUCGAUGAUGUCGGUCAUAGUACGGACGCCAAAGAAAUGAUGAAGAAAUACAUAAUAGGUGAACUUGUAGAUGAAGACAAGGUUGAAUUAAAGAAACGUACUUUCAACUGGGAAGAACAUAGCAAGGAGAAUGCGAAUACCAGUUUUGUAAGCUCAUGGAAGUUCCCUGUACUGCUCGGCCUUCUUAUGACUAUGCUCUAUACGUAUCUGUUCGGUUAACAAACAUCAACACGGCGCGAUAUCACGUUGUUUCAAUUAUCUCAAUGAUAGUCGAGAACAUUCCAUGCUGAACGAAAUACCAAAAUACAAAUGAUUUAAAAUAUAGACUUAAUUGCGUGAGUGAGUUGCAAAUGUCGUUGUUUGCGAAUUGGGUAUAAAAUAAACUAGAGUAAUUAGUUAAUUGCGGUGAGAGAGGGUGUUGAUUUUUACAUAUAUGUACAUAAAUAUUUAUUUACUACCAUAAAUUUUUAUCUUGUCGAUUAUUUAGAUGUUUAAGAAAAUGUGAAGUUUCUUUAACUGUUUAAAAACGAUAUUGCAUGGCAAGGUGACAUCUCUGUCUGGACUCUGGUCUUUGUACUAUUACUAGCAAUCAGAUGAUUGGUUAGGUGUAUAUAAACAAGAAACAAGAACCAUGGAUCACUUUAUACAUUUGAAUAACAUUAUGUAAAAAGCUGCUUAUUUAAUUGUGCUGUAUUUUUUAUGUUUUAUUUUUUUUAAUAAAGUUUUAAACUGUGAUCAA